CAGCCUAACCUAACCUCCAAAGUUGUAAUAACGAGUGUGCACAAUUUUGAUCAGACAAAUCUUCAUUAAACAAUUUCCGCUUAAUUGUUGGAGUUCUACAGUUAAAUUGUGCAUAGAUUGUUGACAAAGUGUCAAAUAUAGGUAGAAACACCGCUAGCAAUGGCCGACUUGGACAAGAUUGAGGUCCGGGACAUAACCCGCAUCGAGCGAAUCGGAGCCCAUUCGCACAUCCGAGGUCUGGGGUUGGAUGAUGUGCUGGAGGCAAGAGCCGUCUCGCAGGGCAUGGUGGGCCAGAAGGAGGCACGCCGAGCUGCCGGCAUCGUUGUGCAGAUGGUCCGGGAGGGUAAAAUAGCCGGCCGGUGCAUUCUGCUGGCCGGAGAACCCAGUACCGGUAAAACGGCCAUCGCCGUGGGAAUGGCUCAGGCUCUCGGCAAUGAAACACCGUUUACGAGCAUGUCUGGCUCGGAGAUCUACUCGCUCGAAAUGAACAAAACGGAAGCACUGUCUCAGGCGUUGCGUAAAAGCAUCGGCGUUCGUAUCAAAGAAGAGACCGAGAUAAUCGAGGGUGAGGUGGUCGAAAUUCAAAUCGACAGGCCUGCCUCCGGAACCGGUCAAAAAGUUGGCAAGGUUACGAUUAAAACCACCGACAUGGAAACAAACUACGAUCUGGGCAACAAGAUUAUCGAGUGCUUCAUGAAGGAGAAGAUACAAGCCGGUGAUGUGAUCACUAUCGACAAAGCCUCCGGUAAAGUGAGCAAGCUUGGUCGAAGUUUCACCAGAGCCAGAGAUUAUGAUGCCACCGGAGCCCAAACGCGGUUUGUCCAAUGUCCGGAGGGUGAGCUGCAGAAGCGAAAAGAAGUGGUUCACACUGUCACGCUACAUGAAAUCGACGUUAUCAACAGUCGAACUCACGGAUUUCUGGCCCUGUUUGCCGGUGACACAGGAGAAAUCAAACAGGAAGUUCGGGACCAGAUCAACAGCAAAGUCAUGGAGUGGCGCGAGGAAGGCAAAGCCGAAAUCAAUCCCGGGGUGCUGUUCAUCGAUGAAGCUCACAUGUUGGACAUCGAGUGCUUCUCGUAUUUGAACCGAGCAUUGGAAAGCGAAAUGGCUCCCGUAGUUGUGAUGGCCACAAACCGAGGCAUCACCAAAAUUCGCGGUACCAACUAUCGCAGCCCACAUGGCAUCCCCAUUGAUUUGCUAGACCGAAUGAUCAUCAUUCGAACGGUUCCCUACUCGGCAAAGGAAAUCAAAGAAAUAUUGAAGAUCCGUUGCGAAGAGGAAGAUUGUCAGAUCAGUAAUGAGGCUCUGAUGGUACUGGGGAGAAUUGCCACCGAAACCAGCUUGCGUUAUGCAAUCCAGUCGAUUACCACUGCACACUUGGUAAGCAAACGGCGAAAGGCAGCCGAAAUAACGGUUGAGGACAUUAGGAAAGUGUACUCACUGUUUUUGGACGAAAAACGCUCCAGUAAGAUUCUGAAGGAAUACCAGGACGAGUACAUGUUCUAUGACGACAGUCUCAAGGAAGCGGAACAGGCGAUGGAGGUGGAAAACAACUGAACUUGUGCGGCAAGAUCUAUGGGUGAGUUUAUCAAUUAAUGAUAUGGAUUUAUAAUUCUAUUCCAUUGUAACAAACUAUUUCAAACUACGACUUCAAACUAUGCUUAUUUGCUGUAAACCGUACAAAUACAGAUAUUCCGAACAAA